CAUAGUUCAAAUUCCAGUGUUAAUGUCAGAAUUGGUGUUGUUGUGCAGAAGUUAGUGUAUAAUUGUUUUCUUACCAUGGAGCUAGGAGAUUUACUUAUUGAAGGAAAAACUAAGAAGGUGUAUGCAAUCAGUAGUGAACCAGGACUUGUUCUCGUGCAGUCCAAAGAUCGUAUCACUGCUGGAGAUGGUGUUAAAGCUCAUAAUUUAGAGGGCAAAGCAGUUAUAUCAACAGCAACAACUUGUAAAAUCUUUGAGUUUCUGAACUUAAUAGGGAUUAAAACUCACUUUGUAAGACUUCAUGAUGAGAAAGCUUUCAUUGCUAGACGUUGUGAAAUGAUUCCGAUAGAAUGGGUGACAAGAAGAAUUGCAACUGGAUCGUUUUUAAAGAGGAAUGUUGGGGUUCCAGAGGGAUAUCGUUUCUCUCCUCCAAAACUUGAGACAUUCUAUAAGGAUGAUGCAAACCAUGACCCUCAAUGGUCUUUCGAGCAAAUUGUGUGUGCCAAUUUUAAGUUCGGAGGUGUGACCAUUGGUCAGGAUGAAGUUGAUAUUAUGCUUAAGAUGACCCAGUGUAUUUUCGAAGUUUUAGAAAAAGCAUGGGCAUCACUUGACUGUAGUCUCAUAGAUAUGAAAAUUGAAUUUGGAGUUGAUUCUACAACUGGGGAAAUUCUACUCUCUGAUGUUAUUGACAGUGACUCAUGGCGCCUGUGGCCUUCUGGUGAUAAACGUUUAAUGGUUGACAAACAAGUUUAUCGUAAUUUGAAAGAAGUCACUCAACAAGACUUAGAUGUUGUAAAAAGAAAUUUUAGCUGGGUGGCAUCUCAGCUAGAUAAAUUGGUCCCCAAGCCUCGAUCACAGGUAGCAGUUCUUAUGGGUUCAGCAAGUGACCAAGAACAUUGUAAGAAAAUUGCUCAAUCUUGUGAAAAAUUGGGAGUACCCUGUGAAUUGCGAGUGACAUCUGCUCAUAAAGGAACUGACGAAACAAUGAAAAUUGUUGCUGAAUAUGAAGGACAAGGAAUUCCAACUGUAUUCAUCGCUGUUGCAGGACGUAGCAAUGGUUUGGGACCAGUAACUUCAGGAAAUUCAACAUUCCCAGUUAUUAACUGUCCUCCUGUUAAACCUGAUUGGGGCUCUGAAGAUAUAUGGUCAUCCUUGCGUUUACCAUCAGGUCUUGGCUGUUCCACUGUGAUGAGCACAGAAGCUGCAGCUCUAUGUGCUGCACAGAUCUUGGCUUUGAGUGACCAUGUGAUCUGGGCUCGGUUGAGAGGUCAUCAGUUAAGUACAUGGAUUGGGUUGAAACUUGCCGAUAAGAAGCUACGAAAUUCUCAUUUGAGUUGAGAUGGUUGCCAUUUUUUUUAUCUUAAUUUCUUUUCCAAGUGUAAUCACAUUAUGUCAUUUUGUAGUAUGCAUGUUAUAGAUUGAAGAAUUAUCACAGUAAUACAGAAAUUAAUGUUUUGAUAUAAUUAUUAUUGUACUGGAACCAAUUAUUCAAAUAUAAAAAUGUUUAUUGGCAUUUAGUAAAAUGCAUGUUCCAAAUAAACUGAUAUUU